UGGGAGACGGGCUCGGCCACGCCCCUUUGGUGGAACAUGCGUCUCCGCAGGGUUUGACUCUUGAGGGCGCCACGCAAUAUACAUUUGGACCACAUUUCAAGAAUCUGUCAUGUGUAAUCGGUUUUUGUUGAACCUACCACGAUGUCUGCGUUAAAACCACCCAGACGGAAGCGAAGGAUCUACCAACAACUGGACUCUCCCUUCCCUGUCCCCAUUGAGUCAAUCACUAAGAAACCAGCGUCCAGCAAUCGAUGGUUCUACUACACUGGAGUACUGAAGGAAAACAGUGUACUCGUGCAGCAGCAAGGAGAUGUGCUAUUCCUGUACAAGAUGGGUUUCUUUGGCAAGGGAAUGUUGUCCAAGAGCAAGCCGGAGCACAACAUCUACCUGAACUCCUACCAAGGCCUACGUAAGAAGAACCUGCCACCUAAAGAAAGAAGGUUUCAACAACAGCGAUUUCAACAAGUCAGGAAAACCAGAUACGAGCGGCACCUGAGUUGGUCCAAACAGUUUGUCAGACAGGCCAGAAAUUUGACCACGGAUGAAGAUGACACAUCAGCAUCGGUUGACGACUUGCCAACAUCUUCAGAGAAUAACGGAGAUCACAUGAUUCCAUUACAAAGCUCAGGGAGUCAAGAAAAGGAAGAUGGAUGCACACAGAGUGAUGAUGUCACAGCAGGAAUUGAUGAGGUCAGUACGGGAACUUGUAGUGUCAUGCAAAGAACUGACGAUAUCGCUUCAAGAACUGAGGAUGUCACUUCAAGAACUGAUGAUGUCACUUCAAGAACUGAUGAUGUCACUUCAAGAACUGAUGUCAGAGCUAGAACUGAUGAUGUCACUUCAAGAACUGAUGAUUUCACAACAAGAACUGAUGAUGACACUUCAAGAACUGAUGAUGUCACUUCAAGAACUGAUGAUUUCACAACAGGAACUUAUAGUGUCACUUCAAGAACUGAUGAUGUCGCUUCAAGAACUGAUGAUGUCACUUCAAGAACUGAUGAUGUCACUUCAAGAACUGAUGAUGUAACAACUAGAACUGAUGAUGUAACAACUAGAAAUGAUGAUGUCACCACAACUUCUGAUAUGAUGGAAGUUUGUGAACUUCCCGAAGCAUCAUCCAAGUCAGCAAUAAAUUUAGACGUUACUAAUUCAACUGAUGAAACUCUUAGAAAUAGGAACAGUGAUCAAGGCUCUCAAUCAGACAUGGCAGACAAUGCGCAAGUUUCUAGCUCUACAUUGCCAGAUACGGAGGGAGUAGGGUCAAAGGAGGAAACAGAGGACCAAAGUUUGAUAAGGAAAGAGGACCCGUACGAGAUCCACGAAUAUUUGCAACUCAAGCUUGAAGAGGCGUUUUUCCUUUCGUACGGACUUGGAUGCCUGACAGUCCUUGACGAAAACAAGAAAGCCCUGGAUUUGACUGAGAUGUGGCAGGCUUUCUGCUAUAGACAGAGGAACUUCGUGGCCAGCUACGUGGCCUAUCACUACUACCGCAGCAAGGGAUGGGUGCCGAGGGACGGCCUGAAGUAUGGGGCCCAUUAUGUGCUUUACAAGCAUGGGCCCCCGUUCUACCAUGGCAGCUACUCUGUCAUUAUCCAGAUGGUGACUGAGGGAUCAUGGGAUAGCUCCGACACCAGUCCUGUUCUGACCUGGCCGGCUGUCUCCGGUAUGGACCGGAUCACUGAGACCGUUGCUAAGGAAGUGGUGUUCUGCUACGUGAUACGCCCGUCCGAUCUGAGCGAUCAGGACAUGCAAUCGCCACGUUGCAUCCCUCGAUUCAAGGUACAGGAGAUCCUGAUGAAGCGAUGGGUGUCGUCACGGGAACGGGACGUCAAGGACCACCUACCUCCUCUGAUAUCAUGAACAGCGCCAUCUGUUGGCAGAGAGAAUCACCUUAGCCCACCAUUUUGAAACUAAUUUUGUCCGACUUUCUUCGGAAUCGUGCGGCAACUCUAAAAAUUCUGUCACUAGUAAAAUAGCAGUUCAUUUACCUCAAACACAAAGCUGUGAGUGUCUUGUAUCAACCUUGAUAAGUUGUGCAGUAACAGGCGCUACGACGAUCACGAUUUGCUGGUAAGUGUCAGGUCAUUUUUAGUUGCUACCCCACAAUUUAUGUCACCUAAAAUGAUUGUGCAAGUUACGCCAUGAUUUCAUUUCACUUAUGACACAUUUCACGAAAGUCUCAUAGAUGACUUGUGCACUAUGAGACUUUCGUGAAAUGUGUCGUAAGUUUUAGCAAUAUGCUCCAGAGACAGCCGUGGAAAAUUGGGAAUCU